AUGGAGAGCCUGCACAACGUAUCUUCUGCUGUAACGUUGGAGAGCUUCAACAUACCGCCCCAGGGCGUCAUACCCGCCUUCCUCUUCGCCAGCCUCAGCUACAUGAUCAUCCUCCUCUGCAACCUCAUCCUCAUCUUCACCAUCGUCCUGAGCAAAAACCUGCACCAGGCCAAGAACCUUCUCCUGCUCAACAUGCCCAUCAACGACCUGAUUGGCUCGUCGGCCUUCUUCCUGCAACUCAUCAAAGAGAUCCUGACCGACAGCAGGAGCAUCCAAUACUCGCCGUGCGUCACGCAGGCUUUCUUCAUCCACGUCUACGCCGCCGCCACCGUGCUCAUCCUCGCCGCCAUGGCGUACGACCGCUACGUCGCCAUAUGUUUGCCUCUGAAAUACAACGCCAUCAUGACGCACGCGCACAUUACGAGAAUAAUCGCCGCCGUCUGGGUGACUUGUCUGCUGAUGAUGGCGGCGAUCUUCUACUUGCUGCUUCGUUUGCCUCGUUGCCGCUCCAAGAUCUCGCAACUGUACUGCGACAACCCCAGCCUCCUGAGUCUCGUCUGCGCCAGCACGGCCGUUAAUAACAUUUUCGGGCUCUGCACGGUGGCGUUCACUCAGUUGUUCGUCAACGGUAUGAUUUUAUACACGUAUCUCCACAUCCUGGUGGCGUGUUUCCGGUCCAAGCGCUCGGACACGAAAGCCAAAGCUCUGCAGACGUGCGCCACGCAUUUGUUUGUCUUUCUGCUGCUGGAGUGUCUCGGACUUUUCACUAUCAUCUCGUACCGAGUGAAGGAGAUGACGCCGAAUUUGCGGAGAUUCAUGGGGUCUUUGACUUUGAUUUUCCCGCCAACGCUCAACCCCAUCGUUUACGGACUGAAAACUCGAGAGAUCCGUGAAAAUGUCGUGCGUUUUUUUAGAACAGUCACCUCAUCCCGGUGCAGGAAUAGGAUGUUACAUCCCUCAUGUUGAACCCUGAACGCAUCACUUAAAUGUA